AUGGAUAGGGAGGGAGGUUCCAACGGCGGAUCUUGCUACUAUGCCGUCCUCGGGAUUCGCAGGGACGCCUCCUUCUCCGAUAUCCGUACCGCCUAUCGCAAGCUCGCUCUGAAAUGUCACCCAGACAGGGCUCGGAACCAAGCGGUGGCCGGAGAAGCCAAGCGGCGGUUUCAGCAGAUCCAGGAAGCCUACUCGGUUCUCUCGGAUCGGGCGAAGAGAUCAAUUUACGACGCCGGCCUCUACGACCCUCUUGAAGAAGAAGACCAAGAAUUUACGGAUUUCAUGCAAGAGAUGCUGUCCAUGAUGAACAAUGUGAAGGACGAGGCAAACAGUUUCGAAGACCUCCAGAAGAUGUUCGCCGACAUGGUCGGUGGUGGAGAUGCGAUGGGAUUCGACUUCAGCGACAUGGGUCCGACGUCCUCAAAGAAGCCACGUGUCGGUGCAUCCAACACCGCCAAGCGCAGCGCGUCUCGGCGGUAG